AUGCAGUUGAUGAUUUGGGUAAAAGGGCUGCUGUGUCAACUGUUUGUAUUCAUACCUCUUACUCGAGAAUUACGUUUACAUCCUAAACAAGAGAACUUCAUCAGGCAGCUGAGCUCCUAUGAGAUCACCUCUCCGAAGCGGCUCAACGAUUUCGGAGAGGCUUUCCCGCACACCCAUCACUUCAGGAGGAGGAAGCGGAGCCCGGACUCGGAACCUUGGGCCUCCUGGACUCACUACCAGCUCCACGCCUUCGGGCAGCUGUACCGGCUCAACCUGAGCGCUCACUCGGACUUCAUCGCCGCCACGUACCGGGUCAGACACUUGGGCAGAGCGGAACCUGGCAGCCUGCACUCCGACUCUGAUCUGAAACACUGUUUCUAUAGCGGGCAUGUCAACUCAGAGAUGCAGCACACCGCGGUGGUCAGUUUGUGCACUGGCAUUAUGGGCACUUUUCAAACACCUGAUGGACAAUAUUUUUUGGAACCUCUCAUGAAACCAGAUGGAGGGCAAUAUGAAGAUGAGCACAAUAAACCACACCUCAUAUACAAGCAUGGAGCACUGAAUAGUAAUCCUUUGGAAAAAACUUCUCAUCCAUGUGCAACGUUCGACCAAUAUCAUCAAAGGAGGAAGAGACUUGUGAAGAUGCACAAAGCUAGCAGUAUUAGAGAGCACCUCGAUAUCUUACAGACUGCGAUUAGACCGACACAUCCUCAGACUGAAGAGUCCAAGUUGGGCAAUGUCACCCAGCAGCAUUCAAGACAAAAACGCUUUUUGUCAUAUCCAAGAUUUGUAGAGAUCAUGGUCACUGCCGACAACAAAAUGGCGCAACAUCAUGGGAGGAAUUUGGAGCACUACAUUUUAACACUUAUGUCAAUAGUAGCUGCAAUCUACCGAGACCCAAGUGUUGGUAACCUCAUCAACAUUGUCAUUGUGAAGUUAAAUGUGAUUCAUAAUGAACAGGAAGGACCAUCCAUCAGUUUUAAUGCAGCUACAACUCUUCAUAACUUCUGUGUGUGGCAGCAGACACAGAACAUCCUGGAUGAUGCACACCCAUCCCAUCAUGACACUGCAGUCCUCAUCACUAGGGAAGACAUUUGUAGAGCUAGAAACAAGUGUGAUACUUUGGGAUUAGCAGAACUUGGUACAAUGUGCGAUCCAUAUCGCAGCUGCUCCAUUAGUGAAGAGAACGGUUUAAGUGCUGCUUUCACUAUAGCUCAUGAAUUGGGACAUGUGUUCAACAUGCCUCAUGACGAUAGCUUCAAAUGCAAAGAGGCUGGAAUGAAGCACCAGUACCAUGUGAUGGCUCCAACCCUGAACUACCAUACCAGCCCAUGGACCUGGUCCAAGUGUAGCCGUAAAUAUAUCACCGACUUUCUGGACACUGGAUAUGGAGAAUGCCUGCUUGAUGAGCCAGCAAUAAGGAGCUAUGAUCUUCCAGCCCAGUUACCCGGUCAAAUCUAUGAUGCGAACAAACAAUGUGAACUAAUGUUCGGUGCUGGAUCGCAAGUUUGCCCCUACAUGAAACAAUGCAAGCGACUAUGGUGCACGAGUGUGGAAGGGGUACACAGAGGUUGCCGGACACAGCAUAUGCCACUGGCUGAUGGAACUGACUGUGGCCAUGGAAUGCAUUGUCGGCAUGGACUCUGUGUGAACAAGGAGAUGGCAGCAAGGCCAGUGGAUGGAGAGUGGGGACCGUGGGGAUCAUACGGAGCAUGUUCGCGGACAUGUGGUGGAGGGAUAAGGAGUGCAGUAAGAGACUGCAACAAGCCAGAACCCAGAAAUGGUGGGAAGUAUUGUGUGGGUCGCAGAAUGAAAUUCCGAUCCUGUAACACAGACCCUUGUCCAAAGGGGAGAAAGGACUUCAGGGAAGAGCAAUGCUCAAAGUUUGAUGGGAAGCAUUUUAACAUCAAUGGUUUGCCGCCAAACGUGCGUUGGCUUCCAAAGUACAGUGGCAUUCUGAUGAAGGAUCGGUGCAAACUUUUCUGCCGUGUGGCUGGAACUACAGCAUAUUACCAACUGAAAGACCGUGCCACUGACGGUACUCCUUGUGGGCCUGAUACCAAUGAUAUCUGCGUGCAAGGCUUGUGCAGGCAAGCUGGAUGUGAUCAUGUACUGAAUUCCAAAGCAAGGCGGGAUAAAUGUGGAGUGUGUGGUGGAGAUAAUUCCUCAUGUCGGACUCUGGCUGGCACUUUUGAUAAUGCACAAUAUGGAUAUAACGUUGUAGUGCGAAUACCUUCAGGAGCGACUAAUAUUGAUGUACGGCAGCACAGCUAUUCAGGGAAGCCAGAAGAUGAUAACUACCUCGCAUUAUCUGACAGUCGAGGUAAUUUCAUCCUGAAUGGAAACUUUGUGGUGAGCAUGUUUAAACGAGAAAUAAGCGUGCAGGGAGCCACGAUUGAAUACAGCGGCUCAGAUAAUGAUGUGGAGCGCAUUAACUGCACUGACCGGAUUGAGGAAGAGCUGAUUUUGCAGGUUUUAUCUGUUGGAAAUUUGUACAACCCCGAUGUCCGUUACUCUUUUAAUAUACCCAUAGAGGACCAACUGGAGAAGUUUGUUUGGGAUCCAUAUGGUUCAUGGCAAGAGUGUAGCAGGCUGUGCCAAGGGGAACGGAGGAGAAAGGUGGUUUGUGUGCGUAAGAGUGAUCACUUGGUUGUUUCUGACCAAAGAUGUGAACAUUUGCCUCGCCCAGUACCCGACACUGAGCCGUGCAACACAGAAUGUGAAGUAAGGUGGCACGCAGUAGGUAAGAGUGAAUGUACGGCGCAGUGCGGACCAGGCUACAGAACGCAAGACAUUCACUGCAUAAAGUAUACCCACGACAAAGGACCAAGUGAGUCAAUAGACGACAGAUACUGCAGGGAUCAGCCAAAACCUCCCAGCAGAGAGCCCUGUCAUGGUGACUGCCACAGAACCAGUUGGCAUUAUACAUCCUGGUCACAGUGUACAAAAACAUGUGGUGGUGGAACAAAGACUCGGGAAGCAUACUGCAUGAACAACCUUGGCAGACGCCUUGUUAACCAAGAGUGCAAUGAGCAUCAGAAUGUCGUAUCUCAGAGAUGCAAUGAAUUUCCUUGCCCUGAAUGGACAGCCAGUGAAUGGAGCGAAUGUCUCGUGACAUGUGGAAAGGGCACAAGACAUCGACAAGUAUCAUGCAUACUGAAUAAUGAACAACUGAGGGACGACUUUUGCAAUCCAAGUACCAAGCCAGAGGCUGUAGGAACCUGUGAGCUACAGGAGUGUGCGUCAUGGCAAGUUGGGGCUUGGGGCCAGUGUGCUGCUACUUGUGGGCAUGGAUACCAAAUGCGUGCAGUGAGGUGUGUAGUAGGUGCUUAUGGUGCAAUUAUAGAUGACAGAGAGUGCAAUGCUGCAACUCGUCCAAGGGAUAGCCAGGACUGUGAGCUGCCUCCUUGUUUGGAGCCAUCAAAGAUAGUCACAACCACAAGUCCAGCUGUUCAGAGAGGGAUGAUGACCCAAUGGAGAUAUGGAUCCUGGACUCCUUGCUCGGUUAGCUGUGGGAAAGGAGCACGUGCUCGCUACGUUAGCUGCAGAGAUGCUCAAGGUGGCGUUGCUGAUGAAUCCUUCUGUGCCCACUUGCCUCGUCCUCCUGAGAUGUCAACAUGCUUCAGUCCCUGUGGACAAUGGCAUGCUGGAGAGUGGUCACCCUGUUCCGUCAGUUGCGGUUCUGGGACGGUCACUCGUCAGGUUGUUUGCACUAGCUACCACCAUCAAAUCACAAUCACGGACGAGAGUGACUGCAAUGCCAUGGGGAAACCGUCUCAGGAGCAGGAAUGCAGUAUGCCCCCAUGCCCCCGGACGCAUCACCAACAUGACUACCCUGCACAGUUCCCACAGCGCAACUAUCCGCAAACCCAUCCAGACCAACCUUCCCACGACAUGCCUGGUCAGAAAACGUGGAACAGUCCAUCACGGGAGAGUCAGUGGCGGACAGGACCUUGGGGAGCAUGCUCGAGCACUUGCACAGGUGGAUUUCAGCGACGGGUAGUCGUCUGUCAAGAUGCAGAAGGACGUCCUGCUAAUGACUGUGAUGAAAGAGUGAAGCCGGCAGAGACCAGGCACUGCGAUGCUGGAACAUGUCCUCAUUGGAAUUAUGGCAACUGGGGUGAGUGCACACAGCCAUGUGAUGGUGGGACAAGAACAAGGCUGGUCAUCUGCCAACUGCCAAAUGGUCAAAGACUGAAUGACCAAAACUGUGACAUCUUGGAAAAGCCUCCAGAUAGGGAACAGUGCAACAUGCAUCCUUGUCCUGGUGGUGUUUUAUGGCAUCGAGGACCAUGGAAUUCGUGUUCUGUAAGCUGUGGAAAGGGCACCAAGCAGCGGGAUGUCUACUGCACUGACAUGAAGCAGGUAGCUGUGGAUAACAAGUACUGUGAGCACUUGAAGAAGCCUCGAGUAUAUAAAGUGUGUCGGGCAGGCCGAUGUCCAGCCUGGAAGGCCACUCGAUGGAAGGAGUGUUCGGUGACCUGCGGAGUAGGAUAUCAGCAAAGAGAGGUCUUCUGCCGGCUGAAGGGCGUAGGUCGAAUAAGUGAAGAGACGUGCAAUCCAUUCUCUCGUCCAGCCAGCACACAGCAGUGCCGGCUGCCUGACUGUCUGCAGAAUGAAUGGCUUGCAGAUGAAUGGGAAGACUGUUCCACAUCAUGCGGUCAAGGUGUACAAAGCCGCAAGGUGCUAUGUGUCAAUCACAUUCAGAAGCAAAUGGAAGAAAGCUACUGCAACCAUUCAGCAAGACCUCCUUCUGUGCGCAACUGCAUUAUUGUACCUUGUGAAUACAUAUGGAUUACAGGGGAAUGGUCGCAGUGUUCAACAAGUUGUGGCCCAGGAUAUCAGCAAAGGAUGGUUUACUGCACUGAGGUCCACUCCAGCCAAGAUCAUUAUUCUUAUGACUUACCAUCAACAUCAAACAGUGGAUGCCCUGGUCCACCACCUGCCAGUCUACAUGAAUGUAAUAUCAGAGAGUGUCGCCCAACAGCCAGCUGGAGAGUGGGAGCCUGGAGCAAGUGCUCAGUGACCUGUGGUGUUGGGAUAAUGGAGAGAAAAGUGCAAUGCUUGACUGAUAACAGUCAACUAAGUGAACUGUGUCUUCCAAAUCAAAAGCCACAAUUCCAGACUCCUUGCUUCAACGAUGCUUGUGAUGUUUCAGCAAGUUGCAGUGAUAUCCAGAAGACAAAAGAAGUUCAGAAGGAUGGAGAGUACUUGCUAAAAAUUGAAGGCAAAAUAAUAAAGAUAUAUUGUGCAGGAAUGCAUUCUGAUUAUCCCAGGGAAUAUAUCACUUUAUCCAGCGGAGAGGCAGACAACUACUCUGAGGUCUAUGGAUACAGGCUGCACAAUCCCUACGAAUGCCCUUAUAAUGGAAACAGAAGAAAAGAUUGUUCUUGUAAAAACGACUAUCUGGCAGCUGGGUACACUGUGUUUCACAGAAUCCGCUUCGAUAUUAGCACAAUGCAGAUCAUAAUUACAGAUUUGCAUUUUGCUCAGACAGUUCAUGGAAGGUCAGUGCCGUUUGCGACAGCAGGAGAUUGUUACAGUGCAGCCAAAUGUCCCCAGGGACAAUUUAGCAUUAACCUAAGUGGUACUGGCCUGAAAAUAUCGGAAGCAUCAAAAUGGAUUGCACAGGGAAAUUACGCUACAGUCAGUGUACGCAGAUCACAGGAUGGCACAAAGGUUUAUGGAAGAUGCGGUGGCUACUGUGGAAAAUGUGUUCCUCAAACAAGUACUGGUCUUCUGAUGCAAGUACAGUAAAGAUGCAGGAGUGACACGACAUUUGCAGAAGUUCAAGGAAAAAUUUUAAACUACCAUGUGGAAUGGGACCUGACUGCAGGCAAUUUAUCACUAUGGAGAUAAUGAACCAGUCCAAAUGCCAGCAAUCUUUAGGAAUUAAUGUUCAUUGUCUUAUCAAUGGCAGCUGUAAGAGUGCAAUGAUUAUUUUAUCACUUAAUUAUUUGGAACACACAUUAUUAGCUUGCUGGUUUAAACUUAAUGUUCAAGUCCAGGUCAGACAGUUUUGACAUCAAAUGAAUGGCCUAAAUUGCUUAUAUGACCCCCCAGUGUAGGAUAGGAAGGGAAGCGUGCUAAAGCAUUGUUUUUAGAAACCAAAGUUCAUGUUUAAUGUUUUGCAAUGGCUGCCUGGGCACAUUCAUUUUUCCAAUCCCAGUCACCCAUUCCUAAACAUCACUCCCUCUCCCUGUUAAUUCUGGAAACUGUUGGCUUGAUAGGACAUACCGCAUCAGUGACAGUGUCAUAUCACCAAUUGGAAGUUGUCUUUUUGAAGGAGUGACCUUAAGGCAAUAAUGGUGUUUAAAGAGUUUUUUGAGUUUGAAUUUCCAGAGCUUGUUAUUUAUUAUAAUGUUCAAACAGGUAAAAAUACUGAAAGUAAGGAAAAUAAACUAUGGUUUGACAAUGGCAACAUGCUGCAUGACAAGGGUACGUUACUGGUGCUGGUCUUAAAGUAUCAAUUCAGUCCCUGUCAUUUCUGUCUUAAAUGACGAGAUAUGUUAUCGGUGUCUCUGCUUAGCACAGGGCAGCUACAACGUAUGAUGAUGUCCCAGUGAUAUUGCUACUUGCGUAACAGUUUUCACUUUGCUGGGAGCAGGGUUUGUUACCACUUAAAGUGCAUGCAGUUCAGUUUGCUGGUCCGAGUGCCACUUCAAAUCACAGAAAUAAGUACUGUAAAUGAAACAGGUGGUGACACAGAUCACUUGAACAUUUGCUAACUGCAAAGAAGUUGGCUCUGUAGGAGUUACGGUCUUACUGCUCCAGCAGUUGGCAGUUCGAAAGGGAGAAAAUGUGUUGGAGCACAGUACACCGUGCUGUAUCAAUCACUGUUUCUUAUUGCAGUAAGUACAUUACAUAAGGAAGCCAAG